AUGAUUCUUCGCCUCCAUUCUCUCAUAGGACUCUUGCUCGUCGCAAGUGUCCUGGUUUGCUCUCAUGCGCAGGCGUCAAAUGGUGAAGAUGGCAUCAUCGAGACGUCCUCCAAUGAUGAACAACUCCAAACCUCUCAAGCCGGAAAGGUUCCUUCCUUUCUCCCAGCCAAAUCCAACCUCCGUUUUCCCAACUCUGCUGCCAUUGUCCAAAGCAUCCGCAAGGAGACUGCACUCACUGACAAGAUGCUUGCUCAAGUUGAAACCCUCUCAGAUGAGGCUAAGGUUGACCUUAUGGAAAUGCUCAAGGACUCCUUGGUUCGUUUGAAUACAGAAUUUGCAAACACAGUUGAUCUGGAUGAGCUUGACCCUGACUCGGAGUUUGGGGAGAUGAGGACCAUGAUCGAGAUGGGCUCGACGCAGGUGCAGGAGGCCAUCAGGAGUGCUGAGAAUUUGGUGUCGUCCUUUCGAGCCUAUUUGCUGGGUGAUGGCUCUGGCAAAGAUGACACCAAUAGCAACGACCAGACUGUCCAUUUGGAACGUCGCCAGCUAAACCAAAACACUGACUCGGACACACGAUUCACUUUUGACAAAGCCAGUGAGGAUGAAGAGUCAUUCAAUUCCAACUAUCAAGACAGUCACAGUCACAGGCAAUUCCACCGAAGGGCCCAGCAGGCCUUUCAUGCCCACAGUGGCGGCAUGCAUUCAAGUCAUCACAUGAAUGCAAUGCAUGGCUUUGGGGAGGCCAUUGUGAAUGGAGAUAUGAGUGCUGCUUUCUCCCAUAUGUUUCCUUACCAGCAAACCAAUUCCGGAGUGAACAGGCGUGAUGCCAAGGGGAGGAGGCUUGCAGCUCAUCCAGAUCAUACUCGGCGUUUGUCAAAGUCUGAACAAUGCAAGCUCCUUGUUCAGUGUGCAGAUGGAAUGAGUCUCUAUGAUCAAUUCGUCUAUUAUUUCUCUGAUGACAUUGAUAAAAACACUGGAAAGCUGGACGAUAAUAUCAUCCAUUUCGAUGAGGCAAAAUUUGAUGAGAAGCGCAAAGCAAUCAAAGCAGCUGUUGCGGCAGCAAAAGAUGGCGAUGACGCUUCGUGCAACAGUCUUCUCCAGUUAUUCCACCGAACAGUUGAGAAAGGGAGCAUCCCAAGCUGGGAAGGAGCAAGCGUGAGUCAGGUUUGUCUAGCUGAGGGCACUACACAGUAUGUCAAAUUCAGUUCAAUCUUUGAAGGUCUGGUGGGCAAACCAUCAUAUUCUGAGAGUGCUCUUGCUGCCUGGAAGACGAAACUUACAACUGUCAAGGACAAGUUGACUAAGGACCUUGCAGUGGAGCCAUUCCAGUGUGCUGAGAGGCUCUUCUACAACAGACCACAGAAAUCCACAGAUGUGGAAGCCUUUCCCUACGGAGGCUGCAAGGGCAAAGGAGACAGUAAAAAGUGUGAAAUUGACAAAUACCAGUUUCCAAUGGGAUACGACAUAUCUUCCGCAGGUGCGAGUGCCAACCAUUACGUCAAAAGACCUGAUGGGAAGUUCAAAUGUGAUUCUACUGGCUUGGAAGUCAUCACAACUUUUGCACAGUGCAAAGAGGCUGGUUUGCAGUUGGGAGGAAAGACAGACAGUAAAGGAGACCUUUGGAUUAAGGACAAUGAUGAAGGCUAUCCUUGUGGCUGCUUCAUUCAGAAAAGUGACAAAGGCAUCUAUUUCAAUGCCGAGUUGAAAUGUGGUACAACUGACUACUCUUCAACAUACAAUGUUCUCUGCGCAAAGGGAAAGGUUGCGAAAAGGAAGAAACCGGACAAAUAUUCAGCAACUGCUAAGGUGAAAGAGUGUGAAACAGGACAGAAGAAGGUUUCCAGUGUCCUAGAAUGCAUUUCAGCUGGUAAAUCACUGGGGGGGCAUAUUGACACCGAUGGGAAGUUGUGGGUAUACGACAGUUCUAGCUAUCCGUGUGGCUGCUUCCUUGACUCAGGCAAUGCCAUUAUGUUCAAUGCAGCGGAGGGAAGUGGGUGUGGUGCGAGCAGUUCUUAUCGCAAAGUCUGUGGGGAGUACAACAACCGUGCAGAUGCUGAUUUGUUUGAGAACGCAGCAAGAGACAUACAUGGUAAGCUGUUCAACAAUGACAAUAGUGCAUAUUCGGUUAGUUCCUACGCUACUGCCAAAGAAGGGGUUGAUGCUUGCUUGAAAACGGAAGUGGCCAAGAUUGAUGCUGCAUGCAAAGGUAGUGACUGGAAAGGUGCCGAGUACUACAAGUGUGUUGUGAAAAAGACUUUGGAGGCGCACAACAAAUGUGACAUCUUUGCACCAAUGCAAAAGGGGAUUGAAUUGGUUUUUGGAGCAAAGACCUCCCCAGGGUUCAUUUGUGGCAUCACUCAGGCCAUAGUUGAUGAUGGUGUUUCAAUGCCUGGAAGCUGUUGCCUGGAUGCUCCAUAUGAACUUGAGGGUGACAGCUGGGGGCAGCCCUACUCUUGCUCUGCCAAAUGCAAGAAUCCAGGCCCAUACCUGGCAGGGAUCAACGCAGAAGCAUGUGAUGCUAAUGGAGGAACAUGGUGUCCUGCCCCGAAAGCAAAUUGUGCACGUCUCCAAACUUGCAUCCAAAAGUAUAUCCAGGAUGCUGAAAGCGAGGGAAAACCUGCAUUUAAGACCUACCUUGCGAAUGCACCAAAGAUAGAGGAUCCCACCAAGCAAAAGCAGUGUGGCAAAACUAGACGUUACUUUGGUUUUGAUGCAUUGUUCAUCAAUGACAACCAAAUCUGUGAGGACAUCGAGCAGCUGAAAUUCACCAGGAAUUUUGACGAUUUGAAUGAGUUUUUUGGAUCAGGAAGCGGUGUCAGCAAACAAAAAUCCCAGCAAGAAGAUUCAAGUGGUAUUCCAAUGCUUACUCUUCAAGAGCCAGACAGAAAGGACUCAACAGGUUCAUGGGCCACUAAAGACACUUCCAUUAAGUGGACAAUCUUUGGAAUGCAGACGGCUGAACAAGCAUUGCAGCAAGGGACGGAUUAUCUCGCCAGUUUGAAAUGUCCUUGUGACGGCUUCUGUAUCCUCGAAAACAUCUGUGGGAGCAUGAAGAACACGGCUCUGACCUUUUUUCAAGGUCUUCUGACGACUUUGAGCCACACUCUAAGUAUUGCAUCAAACCUCCACGCAGUUUUGGGAGUGGACCCAGGACCUCAAGCAUCUCAAGAAGAAACAGCAGUCGUCUACGACAACAUGAAAUCGACAGCUGACUAUCUGUAUGAGAUGCGGAAGGAACUGAGAUCCUUGGCAAGCAAUGGUGCAAAGGAUGGUGAAGACGCUGGUGAUUCCAAGGCAAGUGGGUCUCUGUCGGGAGGCGCGUUGACUCGGCUGGAGGACAAGCUAGACGAACUUGGAGCAAAGUUGGAUUCACUCGGUGAACAAACCACAUUCAUGGUCAAAAACUGGGAUGAUGAUGACGAAGACGAAAGGAGGCUCAAGGAACGCCACCCCGAGAAUGGACAGAAAGGGCAUUUGAGUUACAAAAGCAACUCUUCGAAAAUGGACGAAAUCAAAGAGAUGAUGAUGCACCAACAACGCGAGCAGACGAAGGCGCAGCAAGAGCAGCUCGCUGGGCUUAAGGAAGAGAUGAAGGCUGAGAUGAAAGCGCAACAAAGCGAGCAGACGAAGGCGCAGCAAGAGCAGCUCGCUGGGCUGAAGGAAGAGAUGAAGGAGAUGAAAAGGAUGCAGAAACAAAUGACGGAUCAGCUUGCUGGCGCUUUGGCGCAGUUGCUCCAGAAAGGGCAGGCCUAA